AGUGCAACGAGGAGGAAGUCCUCUUGGGGUACCAAUCAGAAGGCUAUUCUGUCUCGCACACCACCAGGGUUUCGAGCGACGAGGGUGCGGGCAGACGACCUGGCUGCGGAGCGCCAAGACCGACAUCAAAAGGACCACAGCGAGGACAAAAAC